CUUUUUUUUAAUCUUUAUAUAACUCCCCCGUUUCUCUCUGCUGUACCAAUUUCUGUACUUGACUUCCUCAGCAUCGCCCCUGCUUCCAUUGCUUUCCUCUGUCUCUCUCUGUUCACUUAAAUUCAUCAGAUUCCAUGGCUUCGACUUCUUCUCAAUCAGAGAUUGAGAUUGUAAAUGUUUUUGAUGCCCUUGCUCCACCAUCUGCAUCUGCAUUUGCAUCUACUUCUGCCACAUCCUCUUCAUCACCAUUGCCCUACAAUGUUUUUAUUAAUCAUCGCGGACCCGAUGUAAAACACAAGCUAGCCACAGAUAUCUACAAUGUCCUCACUAAUAUGGGUUUCAAGGUCUUUCUUGCUUCCCAGGAUCUUCACUUGGGGGAUUUCUUCCCCACAGAAUUACAACAAGCAAUGUCUAGUUCUUCCCUUCAUUUAGCAAUUUUUUCUCCUACAUAUGCAAAAUCGCCAUGGUGUCUUGCCGAGCUAUCCUUUAUGCUCAAGACUGGCACACCGAUUAUUCCUAUUUUCUACAGAGUAAAACCUGAAGAUAUCCGCCAUUUGAAAGGAACCUACGCAGAUUCCUUUUUGGAGUAUGAAGAGAAGGGUAGAUAUAUACACAAGCUUGAGGAGUGGAAGAAGGCACUCUGCGAUGUCUCAUUUUAUAAGGGCGAAAUCGUCAAUACUGAUGAAGAGAAGCGAAAGGUGUUGAAGAAUAUUGUGAAUCGUGUAUUAGAAGUUACUAAUAUAGUACCAUUAGAAGUAGCAAAAUAUCCUGUGGGGCUUGAAGAACUUGUAGCAGAUUUUGAAAUGACAGUUAGUGAAUUCGUAAAGAUUCAUUCUCAUGUUCAAGUUGUGGGAAUUUGGGGCAUGGGUGGAUCUGGAAAAACAACUCUGACGAAAGAAUUGUACAAUAAAAAAUGUUCAUUCAUGAAAAAUUCGAGUUUUCUUUUCGAUAUUAGAAAUGCUGCAAAGAAAAAUGAGUUGCCUAAAAUGCAGAUGCAACUCCUCAAAGAUUUAUAGUGCAAACACAAUGACCAAACACU